AUGCAAAUAGAGCAGUUGUAUUUGUACUUGGCGGUUUCUCCAUCGGCAGUAAGUUCAGCCUUAGUCCGCGAAGAGGAUGGAAUCCAAAAGCCAGUAUAUUAUACUAGCCGUGCAUUCAGAGGGGCAGAAGAGAGGUACCCAAGGAUAGAAAAGUUGGCCCUUGCCCUAGUUAUCUCUGCAAGGAAACUCGGGCCUUACUUCCAAGCACAUACCAUAAUAGUAUUGACAGACCAACCACUUAGGCAAGUCCUCCGCAAACCUGAUACUUCGGGGCGACUCAUGAAGUGGUCAGUAGAACUUGGAGAGUUUGAUAUCCAAUACAAACCCAGAACGGCCUUAAAAGCUCAAGUACUGGCAGAUGUUAUAGUAGAAUUCACAUCAGAAGAUAGGCACGAGCACGGCGUAGAUGAACAAGAAGAAACUGAAUCUACUUGGACAUUGUAUGUGGAUGGAUCGGUCAACGCCCGUGCAAGUGGGGCGGGGCUAGUACUUGUUUCCCCAGAGGGGGAAUGCAUUAAAUACGCUAUCAGGUUUGGGUUUAAAGCAACCAACAAUGAGGCGGAAUAUGAAGCCCUCCUGGCAGGCCUCAUGAUGGCUAAAGCCCUAGAAGUUGAGCAACUAAUAGCGUAUACUGAUUUUCAACUAAUAACUGGACAAGUCCAGGGGGAAUAUGAAGCAAAGGAUGAGAAGAUGAAGACCUAUCUGCAUAAGAUAGAAGAUAUCAAAGGCUUCUUUAAAAAGUUUUCCAUUCAUCAGAUUCCCCGAGAAGAUAAUGGUCAAGCAGACGCUUUAGCCAGACUAGCAACCGCAGCAGAGGAGGAUAAAGCUAUACCUGUGGAACAUUUGGAUGAGCCUAGCAUAGUUUGGGAUUGGCCACAGAAAAUACACCAAGUGAUCCAAGGUAUGGAAUGGGCAAAACCCAUUAUCAGGUACAUAGAGAAUGAAGAGCUACCCCAGGAUCGCAUGGAAGCACGAAAGAUCAGGAUGUGUGCAGCAAAAUAUUGCCUCAUUGAAGGGGUUCUCUACAAGAAGGGAUUUUCUCUACCCUACUUGCAUUGUGUCUCCAUAGAUGAGGCGAAUUACAUUCUAAAGGAUAUACAUGAAAGCCUUUGUGGAAACCAUGCUGGGGCAGAUCACUAG